CACUUAUAAAAUAUAUAUGAAGAAUUGUUUUUUUAUUGAAACAAUAUGGUACAACAGAGAUGCAUAUCUAUCCUGGAAAUGAUGUUUUUUUAAAACACGAACAAUUCUUUUAUUUUGAAGCUGGGGAAAGUCCACCGGAAGUCAUAUUAUUUUGGCUGGCUUCACAGUUCUCCGGCUGCAACCGUCUGCGAAUGGAUAGAGGACUGUAACAACUUGGAAAUUUGCCUUGUCGUCUAAAAUGUUGGGCUACAUUUGGCAGUACUUGUUCAGUUCGUUCCUGAGGUUCUGGUUUAAGUGGUUCCUCAGACACGUCACAGGGAAGUGUGAGCUGCAGAGGAUAUGCAGUGGAUACAAGCAGGGUGCGCCCAGGACAUCACGGGCAGAAUACUCUCUGGAAUCCUCAAAGAGUACGGUAUUAAGAGCAGCUGUUAGUGUGGAAGAAGACCAAGUGGAGGAGUGUGCCAUGGCUAUAAUGAAAGAAAAAAAGGUGAUAUCACAGAAGGACCCAGAGUUUAAAACGAGUCUGCAGGUUUGCUUGUGGCAAAUAUCUGGAUAUAAGAGGCUGUAUGCAUCUGUGGAGGAUCUGAGGAAACAGUCGUUUGACUGUGAAAAUAACAGCCACGAGAGCAUGCUACUGAGGCUGUGGGACCUGCUGAUGCCCUCAGAGAAGCUGGAAUCCAGAAUUACCAAGCAGUGGGGCGAUAUCGGUUUCCAAGGCGAUGAUCCCAAGACCGAUUUCCGAGGAAUGGGGAUGCUGGGGUUAACCAACCUUAUUUUCUUUAGUGAGAAGUACACGGAAAUGGCCCGACAGGUGCUGUCACAUUCAGUUCAUCCCAAACUGGGGUACUCUUACGCGAUAGUGGGGAUUAACCUGACGGAGAUGGCGUACAGCUUGCUGAGGAGCGGCGCGCUCAAACCUCACUUCUACAACACGGUGUCCCAGAGCCCGAAGCUGGAGCACUUCCACCAGCUCUACUGUUAUUUUGCGUACGAGUUUGAUAAGUUUUGGAUUGAAGAAAAGCCGGAAAGCAUCAUGGAGUUCAACCGCUACAGAGAAAAGUUUCAUGAAAAAAUGAAGGCUCUCUUACAGGAGCCAGACGUGUCCCUUUGUUUGACAGUGGAUUCUAAACUGUAACAGGGAAAUGUUAUUGGGACCAAAACCUUUUUGUUUGCAGGGACAGCAUUUUGCGUAAUAAAAUGGGAGCAUAGAAAUCCCCUUCCUUUUAAAUUAAAACCCCACUUUUUUACCGUAACAUUUAUAAAGGUUUAGAUGUACAAAACUAGAAAAUAUUAAUAUUCAGCCAUAAAAGGCCAUCAUUCCAGGUCUCCCAUGACCACUGUGGUAAAUGUGUAGACUUAGUGUUUCCCUUUGAAUGGUAUGGGACAAAUUUGCAGUCAUGGACCAAAGAAGUUAAAGCGCAAUUCUUGAAACAGGGCCCAGCAUUUAUCAACCAGGUUUGACUGUAACUGAACAGUACAGCUUCCCCUCCUUUAAAUCAGCUGUUGAGCAGUUGUUCAAACAAUAUAAUUGCAUUCCCUAAAACUUUGUGUGUGAUAAUUUAAUAAUUUAAUGAGUACUAAUUCAGAAAAAUAAGUGUAAAAUCAUUGUAGUGAUUACUGACGUUCAUUUUUUUUUUUUUUCCAGUAUUACUGUGUGAUACAUUAAAAUUAACCAAAAACCAAAUAAUUUACUGUAUGGGUUAUUAUUUUGGAUGCUCACUGUAAAUGAAAUACAAAAUAACAUUUCAGUGUUAAUGGGUAAGAAACCAAGCGUUGGGAGUGAUUAUGGCCAGAAGUUGGCAUGAAAACCAGAAAGGAACACAGUCCUCGCUUCCCACUGAUCUAAGGCUCACUGAAUAUUAACUCCAGUAUGGAUGUUACGGUGUCACCUAGCAGCAUUAGCCAUGAAUUGCAUUCUGCGUAUCGAGGUGGCUCCAUUCUGCUGGGCCUGGAGCAUGUGGCUUACUAACUGGUGCACGACUGCCUGUCCACAUACAACUAGGAUUCACUGCUCUUCGAAACUACAGGCGGCACGCUUUUAAAAUGUAGAUUUUAUUUAUUUAGAAAUUACAAGUCAACACACCAAAAAACUGCAAAUGUGUUUAAUACCACUAGCAAUGUGUCAAAAUAUCAAAUCUCACCGUUUGAGAAAUUAAUAACAUUUCAUAACUACCCAUAACAUCAAAAGUG